GGAAUAAAUCACUUUCCUAAUCGAAUCGGAUCGGGUUGGAUCUGAUACCCGAAUUCGAGGUUCUGAAAAUCCAAGAAACGCUGGCGAUAUCUUCCUCUUCGUUCACGAGAAACCCUAACGCCGGCCAACUCCAAAUCCCCAAAUUAAUUUUCGAAUUCCAAUGCUAAUCCCUCGCCUCUGUCGCCGGCUCAGGAGCUCCUUGAUCGGCCUUGGUAAUGGAUAUAAUCCGAUGUCGAAUCCACUACCGAGACCAAUUUGGGAGGGAAAUAAAGUCAUCACCUUUUCUCCUCCAGUGGCUACUUCACCUUUACAAGUUCGUAGAUUUGGUAGCAAUGCGCUUGUGACUUUGAACACAGAUAACAAUGCUGUUAGGUUUUCCCUUGUUGAUCCAAUUGCUAAACAGAAGCUGAAUCAGCUGAAAUGGUAUCGGUUGAAGGCGAAGAAGAAGAUGAAAUCUUCGAAUCCAGGGGUUCGGAUUAGGUACAAGCUCGAAAAGGCUAAAAGAAAAGAAGAAUGGCUGAUUGAAAAGCUAAGGAAAUUUGAUGUACCAAAAGGCCCAGCACCAGUUCAUGAUCCUGAAAUAUUGACUGCAGAGGAGCGUUUCUAUCUCAGACGUAGGGGUGAGAAGAAGAAACAUUAUGUCCCUGUUGGAAGAAGAGGAGUGUUUGGUGGUGUAGUUCUGAACAUGCAUCUCCAUUGGAAAAAUCAUGAAACAGUGAAAGUUGUGUGCAAGCCUUGUAGACCUGGACAGGUGCAUGAGUACGCUGAUGAGUUAGCUCGGCUCAGCAAAGGUAUCGUAAUUGACAUAAAGCACACCAUUAUAAUAUUUUACCGAGGGAAGAACUACGUUCAGCCAGAGGUUAUGUCACCUCCUAAUACUCUGUCUAAGCAGAAGGCUCUGGAAAAAUAUAAAUUUGAGCAAUCACUUGAACAUACUAGCCAAUUUAUUGAAAAGCUGGAAAAAGAGCUGGAAGAGUACCACAACCACAUUGCUCUGUAUAGGAAGAACAGUGAGGAGGCUGCUUCUAUCAAGAUACACAGUUAAUAUUUGCUAACAGUCUAGACCCUUUUGUGGUAUCUCAGUUCUUUUGGAAAAUGGCUAUAAAUUUCAUGCUUAAACUUCAGCAAGUUGGGACUUGGGAGUAAUCCUAGUAAGUGAUCUCAGUUCUUCCGAAAAAUGGUUGUAAAUUUCAUGCUUAAACUUCAGCAAGUUGGCACUUGGGAGUAAUCCUAGUAAGUGAAUCCCUUGACUGGUGCAUUCAGUUUGAAGAUUAAUGUGGAUACUUUUGAGGCUGUGUAGGCAUGCUUGAAUUUUGCCACUGUUUUCACAAGUUCUGAUCUGAAGCAAUAAGAUGCGGAAAGCUAUGAGAUUGAAUUCCAAAUUUCAGAAAUCCUGAUGAAGAAUGCAGUCUUCGGAUUUCAGGAUCAUUCAAACUUCCUGCUGCCCUUUUGGAUGGGAUAUGUGGUUGGCAACUCAACAAGCUUUAUAUAGUUAGGGUGCAUUUGGUUAAGCUUGGGAUUAGGACUAGGACUUGAAAUCCUACGACUUGUGUCUAAACCCAUGUUUGGCAGUACAUGGGACUGAGAAUUUGGUAGGACAAGGACUUUGGUUUAAAGCCCAAAAUGGGGAUUAUGAAUUGCCUCCACCCUCCCUGCUAUUAGGAUAUCCGGAUCUAUUGUCCAACCACGCCUCUCAAAAAUUGUGACCGCGAUCUAUUGUUUGAGCUCUCCUCUAAUCUCCUCUCUCGUUGAAUUCGAGCUCCACCUUCAAUCUCUGCUCGAUCUCCACUCCUCCACCUCCAAUCUCUGCUCGAUCUCCACUCCUCCACCUCCAAUCUCCGCUUGGACUUGGCCUCGAUCUCCGUCGACCUCGAUCUCGACUCGGGCUUGAUCUCAGCUCGACCUCAGGCUCGAUCAGCUCGAUCUCAGGCUCUAUCUCAGCCCCAAUCUCUGCUCGAUCUCCACUCGAUCUCUGCUCCUCCGCCUCGAAAUUCAUCUUUUGUGAUUGUCAUUGAUUGCAAGCAGAUCUCUCGAGUGGAAUUUGUUGAUGUGUUUCAAGAGGUUGCUGGGUAUUGGAAGAGGCUUGCUGAUGAUAGGAAGAAGGCUAGUGGGAUUCGUUGAUGUGUUUUUUCUCGGAGAGAGGUAUGUAGAUCGUUUGUGUGUGUGUGUAAUAUUAAUAUUAUUUAAUACAAAUUUAUUUAUGGAUUUUGGUACUGUUGACUUGUAUGCAUUAUUCAAAUUGGCAAUUUAUGGCUUGAUGGUAUGUGAAUUUUAGUAGUAUUGGCUUGUA